AUGGAAGAAGGCAGAGGAAGAGGUCAUCCUCUGUUGAGAUCGAUGAGGAGAGAGGGUAGCUCUAAGUAUAACCAUGGCUUCUCACAGUCUCAGAUUCAAUCUCUCUCCGCCAUCUGUCAAACUCUUCUCCCUCCUCCGUCGCCGGAGACCACGGCGGAGCAGAAAGCUUCCGAUGAUUCCUUCAACGUAUCCUCCGGUUCCCAACCACCAUUCACUGACGAGGUAGCGGAUAUGAUAGUGAAAAACGGAAGAAGAGAAGCAGUGAAGGUUUUGGGAAUCAUAUUGAUGAUUUUAUCAUUCAGAAUUGGAACUUUGUUGCUUUGUGGCUCUCUCUGUCUUGACAAGAAUUGGCCUUUUGUUCUUAAAUUCUCUCAACUCUCAUUGGACAAAAGAGAAGAGAUCCUCGGGAAGUGGUCGAGACGGAGUGGAUUCCUUCUUCCUUUUCGAAUCACUUUCUUCCUUGCAAAAUUCUACACUCUCUUCUACUUCUUCUCUCAGACGAAUGAGAAUCUGAAGAAUCCUGCAUUGGAAGCGAUUGGAUAUCGCAUAGACAAGACCGAGUCAAGCAAGAAGAGCAAAGAUGAUGAGAAACGACGACUUCUUGAGACAGGGAUCAUUGAGACGAAGCAUGAGAAUGACAUUACUAUCGCACAAUCUCUAAUCGAAAAAGGUGUUCAUGUCGCUAGAGAUGAUGACAAUGUGCACAGAAUCAGAUGCGAUGCGGUUGUUGUAGGCUCUGGAUGCGGAGGAGGUGUCGCAGCUGCAAUCCUCGCUAAAGCCGGAUUGAAAGUCUUGGUGUUAGAGAAAGGAAACUACUUUGCACCUCAGGAUUAUUCGGGUUUAGAAGGCCCGUCUAUGCGCGAGCUAUACGAGAAACGCGGGCUUCUGACGACGAUUGACGGGAAAUUCAUGAUCUUGGCUGGUUCAACCGUUGGAGGAGGUUCAGCAAUUAACUGGUCAGCAUCAAUAAGAACACAAGAUCAUGUUUUGCAAGAAUGGUCGGAAGAGAGUAAGCUAAAGUUAUUCGGUAGCCAAGAAUACCAGUCUGCAAUGGAUGAAGUUACCAGAAGGAUCGGUGUCACUCAAGGAUGCGUCAAAGAUGGUUUUCAGAACCAGAUUUUGCGGAAAGGGUGCGAGAGACUCGGGUUGAAAGUAGAUUCAGUUCCGAGGAACACACCAGAGGAUCAUUACUGCGGUUCUUGCGGGUACGGAUGUAGUACAGGAGAGAAGAACGGGACAGACCGAACCUGGCUGGUUGAUGCCGUAGAGAAUGGCGCAGUGAUCUUGACAGGUAUCAAAGCUGAGAGAUUCAUAUUAGUAGACAAUACUAGCAGUAGCAACGAGAGAAAGAAACGAUGUGUGGGAGUGAUAGCGAGCUCUAUUGGAGGAAAGAUUGAGAAGAAGUUCAUGAUCGAAGCUCGAGUGACGGUUUCAUCGGCUGGAUCGCUGUUGACACCGCCUCUGAUGCUUUCGAGUGGGCUAGAGAACCGGAACAUCGGGAGGAACCUAAUGCUGCACCCAGUUCUAAUGACAUGGGGAUACUUCCCAGAGAAAGGUUCUGAAUUCUCGGGUAAAAUGUACGAGGGAGGGAUCAUCACAUCGGUCCAUCAUAUGAAUGAUGCUGAAUCAGGGUGCAGAGCAAUACUGGAGAAUCCACUAAUGGGACCAGCUACGUAUGCAGGGUUGAGCCCUUGGGUUUCAGGAGCUGACCUUAAGGAACGGAUGAUGAAAUACGGAAGAACAGCUCAUCUGUUUGCUCUGGUUCGGGACAGCGGCUCGGGCGAGGUUAUGAAAGAAAACGAAGUUACAUACAGGACGAGCAAGAAAGAUAGAGAGAAUCUGCGGGUAGGUCUUAGACAGGCUUUGAGGGUUUUGGUUGCGGCAGGUGCAGUCGAAGUCGGAACAUAUAGGAGCGAUGGACAGAGGAUAAAGUGUGAGGGGAUAACCAAAGAAGCUAUGGAAGAGUUUCUAGACGGAGUUGAUGCGGGUGGUGGGGUAAGCACAAAUGGUGAGUAUUGGACGACCUACUUCUCGGCCCACCAGAUGGGUAGUUGCAAGAUGGGAGUGACCGCGGAGGAAGGUGCGUUGGACGAGGACGGUGAGAGCUGGGAAGCUGAAGGACUGUUUGUUUGUGAUGGAAGUGUGUUGCCUUCAGCUGUUGGGGUAAACCCAAUGAUCACCAUUCAGGCUACUGCUUACUGCCUCUCCACAAGGAUUGUUCACUCGUUGCAAAACAAAGGAAAAAUAUAG